AUAUUUCUAUAGAGUUUUGUUUAUCUAGGGUUUUAAAUAAGAAUUGUUUUAUCUAGACUGUAGAUUUCUAUAUUCUCUUCACCGAUAUUUAAUCAGUCUUAUUCUAGAUCUUGAGAAGAAAGAGAUGCUCAUCUAGAAAUUGACGUCAAAGUAAGGAUUCCCCACCACAAUACAACAAAGCAAUUCCCAUAAACCAUAAACUGACUCGAAAACAGCACGAAGUUCCAUCUCACAUUUUCACUCUAUGUAAAAAAGAGAGAGAAAGAGAAACAUGGCAUUCCCACGUAUCCUCCUAAUCCUCCUCGUCAAAACCAUCCGCUUCCUCGCCAAUACCCUCGCGCCUCUCAUCCUCCGCUACAUCUACCGCAAUCCCCCCUACCCCGCCACCCGCACCCUACAAAUCCACAGCACACUUCUCCCCUCCACUCCCACCACCCUGACACUACACAUCUACCAACCACGAAAUUUCCUCUCUAAACAUUCUUCCCCGCUCCCCUGCAUCAUCAAUUUCCACGGCGGGGGCUUCGUAAUCGGUAAUCCAACCGAUGAUUCCCUCUGGUGCCACACCAUCUCCACCCUUCAAAACUGCAUCGUCAUAUCCGCAUCGUAUCGCUUAGCCCCCGAAUAUCCCUUUCCAACCGGUCCCUAUGAUGCCUGCGAUGUACUUUUAUAUGUAUUUUCGCACGCGCAGGAUCUCGGUAUCGAUGUGGAAAAUAUCGUCUUGAGUGGAUUUAGCGCAGGAGGAAGCUUAUGUUUCGGUGUUGCGCUAUUAUUGCAAGAAUUGAAAGAGAAAGGAGUAGUGCGGAAUUCUCUAUUGAAUAUCAAGGGGAUAAUAGCAUGGUAUCCAGGACUCGAUAGUACGAUAACGCGCGCAGAAAAAAGAAUGCGUAUGAAAUAUCCACAUCUUUCCCUACCAUCCUGGCUCACGACGAUUUUUGACGCCUCGUAUAAACCGGAGUAUUUGAAUAUUGAUCGGAGACAUAAAUUACUGUCAGCGGGUAUUCAGGAUAGAGAAGUAUUGGAAAAGGCGCUGCCGAGGAAAAUUAGAAUUGUUACUUGUGAAUAUGAUAUGUUGUGUAGAGAAGCGGAGGAUUUUGUGAGGAGGUUGGAGGGUUGGGGGUGGAGGGUGGAUUUGGAAUGUGUGAGGGGGGUUAGACAUGGGUGGGAUAAAUUUCCGAGGGCGAGCCCAGAUCCGAGGUUGUUUUAUGGAAGGGCGGGGGACUGGUUGAGGAGGGAGGUUUGGGGUGAGGUGGGAGAUGGAGAUGGAGAUGGAGAUGGGGAAGGGGAGGGGAGGGGAAGAGGAGGUGGUGGGAUUUUGAAUGAUUAGUGUGGGUAGAAGGUUCAUGAGAUGAUAUUUUCAGCAAUCGUAUUGUAGUAGAUUUAAAUAUACUAUAUAUGGCAUAGGACGAACAUGACUUUUGAGAACUUAUCGUCUGGUAUUAUUCUAUUUAGC